UACCGUGCCCACGAGCGCGCGCCUUGACUAGGAACGCGCGUCACCGCGGCCGAAACUGACAAGUCUCCCUCUCUCUCGGUUGUCUCUCGGGCGCGCUCACAACUCGGCAGGAAGUUGUCGAGAUUGAAAAGGGUGAAAGAAAACAAAACAAAGCCGAUGCGACUUAUUUAUGCCUCGGAAGAUUUUUAAGAGUCAUUCAAGUCUAAAGUAAUCAGCCCGAGGAUCAUUGAUCGGAUUUAACACCGCAACAAAAGACACAAGCGAUGAAUAUGGACUGAAUGGUGGACGGAAACCCGAUGGAGGCGGCGAGAAGUUUUCAGUUCGUCCUGCUGCUGUGGCUUCUGGGAAUGACUGGAGUCGCGACCAGAGAAGGAAGGUCAACCAGACUGUUUCAGGCGACACAAAAAGUAUGUCUGGGUACGGAUAUGAAGCUGGCAUUUCCCUCCAGUCUGGAGAACCAUUAUGAGAUGCUACGACUCCUUUACACCGGCUGCCAGGUCGUUCAUGGCAACCUGGAGAUCACGCACCUACAAGGGAUUUCAGAUCUCUCCUUCCUUAAGGGUAUAGUGGAGGUUCAGGGCUAUGUGCUGAUAGCCCACGUCUCCGUGACCAUGGUUCCUCUGGAGAAUCUGCGCAUCAUCAGAGGCAGUCAGCUGUACAACUCGAGUUACGCACUUGCUGUUCUGGACAACACCAGAGUCAGUCAGCUAUGGCUCAGGAGUCUGACGGAGAUUUUACUGGGUGAUGUUUACAUCUGGGGAAAUCCCAAUCUGUGUUUCCCAAACCCUCAAUCUAUCACCUGGAAUGACAUCAUGGCUGAUCAGGAUCUAAACGGAAAACUGCAGUAUCUCCAGUCAGCAGCACCUAACUGUGCAGCUUGUCCUCGAUCAUGUAACGCCAGGGGAUGCUGGGGCCCCAAUGUAGCUGACUGCCAAACAUUGACCAACGUGCGUUGUACGUCAGGCUGUAAGCGCUGUAAGGGUCUCGAUGCGAGCGACUGUUGUCAUGUGCAGUGUGCUGCAGGCUGCACUGGUCCCAAAGACUCAGACUGUCUGGCUUGUCGACACCUUAACGACAGUGGCACGUGUAAAGAAAACUGUCCUCCUCCCUCCAUCUAUGACCCAGUGACAUAUCAGUCCAAACCAAACCCCAAUAAGAAGUUCAGCUUUGGUGCCACCUGUGUGAAAACAUGUCCCAAUAACUAUUUGGCUAUGGAUGUUGCUUGCACAAUGGUUUGCCCUAAAGACAAUCAGGAGGUCGUCAUCGUCCAACCAGAUGGCCAGGAGACACAGAAAUGUGAGAAGUGUGAAGGAGAAUGUCCAAAAGUGUGUUAUGGUGUAGGGAUGGGGAACCUUCAGGGGGUAAUGGCUGUGAAUUCCUCCAACAUCGCUUCCUUCCAGGGCUGUAAGAAGAUCUACGGCAGUCUGGCCUUCCUUACACACUCUUUUCAAGGGGACCUACGCAGUAAUUUAUCAGGCCUACGGUCGAGCGACCUCGAAGUGUUCCGAACUUUAGAGGAGAUCACAGGUUACCUCUACAUCGAUGCGUGGCCAGAGAACCGGAGUGACCUGAGUGUGUUCGAAAACUUAAAGGUCAUAAGAGGACGAAUUCUUUACAAGGGUGUGUUUUCUUUGGGAGUUCAGUCUCUAGACAUUGAGUCUCUUGGCCUGCGUUCUUUGCGGCGCGUUAGCGGCGGCCUCGUGCUUAUCCACAACAACUCCAAGCUGUGUUACACGUCAUCUCUUCCCUGGGCCUCUCUGCUCUACUCAAGUCAGGAGCUCAACCUCAUCAGCAACAACAAUCGAGACCCCAAAACCUGUGUGGCUGAGGGUCAUGUGUGUGACUCACUGUGUGCUAAUGGAAGCUGCUGGGGUCCUGGUCCAAGUCAGUGUGUGUCGUGUAAGUUGUUUCAGCGAGGUAUGGAGUGUGUGCAGCAGUGCAAUAUCCAGCAUGGUGCCUUUAGAGAGUUCAUCGACGGAUCCUCAUGCGUUUCCUGUCACCCCGAGUGUCGGCUAAUCAAUGGCUCCGCGUCCUGCAUUGGCCCUGGAGCAAACAACUGUGUGGAGUGUGUACACUUUCAGGAUGGUGAUAUGUGUGUUGAGCGCUGCCCGAGCGGCGUUAAGGAGGAACAACACACCACGUGGAAAUACGCCAAUGAGAGCGGACACUGCGUGCAGUGUGCCACGAACUGCACCGUCUCCUGUACAAUGGAUGACCGAGGAUGUCCAGUUCACCAGAAAACCGGACCCGGGACGACGAUAGCAGCAAUCGGUGGCGUGGUUCUCUUUGUCAUCCUUCUGGGACUGCUCAUCUUCUAUCUGUGCCGGCAAAAGAAGCUGAAGAAGAAGGAGACUUUGAGGAGACGUCGGCAGGAGCACGAGCUGGUGGAGCCUCUGACACCAAGUGGAGUACAACCAAAUCAAGCUCAGAUGCGCAUCCUGAAGGAAACAGAGCUGAAGAAGUUGCGUGUUCUUGGAUCAGGAGCAUUUGGCACUGUUUACAAGGGGAUCUGGACACCUGAUGAAGAAACCAUGAAGAUCCCAGUGGCUAUUAAAGUGUUGCGUGAGAACACUUCCCCUAAAGCCAACAAGGAAAUUCUGGAUGAAGCGUACGUGAUGGCGGGUGUGGUCAGUCCAUACGUGUGCCGCUUGUUGGGAAUCUGCUUGACCUCUACGGUGCAGCUGGUCACUCAGCUCAUGCCAUACGGCUGCCUGUUGGAUUACGUCAGAGAGAACAAGGACCGCAUCGGAUCUCAGUACCUCCUCAACUGGUGUGUGCAGAUUGCCAAGGGAAUGAGUUAUCUUGAGGAUGCCCGACUGGUCCACAGAGAUCUGGCAGCCCGAAAUGUUCUGGUGAGGAACCCCAACCAUGUAAAGAUCACAGAUUUUGGCCUGGCUCGCCUCCUGGACAUAGACGAAACCGAGUACCAUGCAGACGGUGGAAAGGUGCCCAUCAAGUGGAUGGCUUUGGAGUCGAUUCUUCACAGGAAGUUCACUCACCAGAGCGAUGUGUGGAGUUAUGGAGUGACCGUGUGGGAGUUGAUGACCUUUGGCAUGAAGCCGUAUGAUCUCAUCCCAGCACGGGAUAUCCCCGAGCUGCUGGAGCGAGGAGAACGCCUCCCUCAGCCUUUCAUCUGCACCAUCGACGUCUACAUGAUCAUGGUCAAGUGCUGGAUGAUUGAUCCUGAAUGUCGACCCAGAUUCAAGGAGCUGGUGAAUAACUUCAGCACUAUGGCACGAGAUCCUCCACGCUACGUUGUCAUUCCCAAUGAUGAGCAGAUGAGUCUGUCAAGUCUGGUGGACAGUAAGUUUUACCGGACAUUGCUGGAAGAAGAAGGCGGGAAUGUGAAGGAACUGCUGGAUGCCGAGGAGUAUUUGGUGCCGCAACCUGGAUUCUUUGAGAACCAGGCGAAUGGACUAACGAGACAUCACUCAUACAGGAGCACAGACCUGGGACUGGAGACGGACGCUGUGCCGAGUGGGCGGAGCAUGCACUCGUCAGUCAGCACUUUGGGGCGGAGUCUAUACCCGACACUUCCUGUCGGCGCCACGGCCAAUGGAAAUUGGGGAGGCUCUCAGUACCGCUCGCUGGCUCGAAGCCAAUCACAUUGCUCUGCUGGUGGCCAGUCAGACUCUGUGUUUCUGGAUGGGGGGAGGGACGAGCCUCCCUCCAGUCCUGGACGCUACAGUAAGGAUCCCACUUUCCCCGGGUGCAUGGAUGGAGAUUUGGAAGUGGAUGGCCCGAUAAGUUACCCGUCACACUCAUUGCCGCGCAAAACACACACGCAACCAGAGUAUGUGAAUCAGGACGUCCAAUCAGAGCGGGCGAAUACGCUGCCACGUAAAUCCACAGAGAGGCGUGUACACAACGGCAUCAGCGCGGGGCGCAGCGUGGAGAACCCUGAGUACCUGGUGCCCAUGUCUCCUGCUUUUGACAAUCCAUAUUACUUGGAUCUUGUGGCUAAAGUGCCGGGUGGGGCUUCAGUGGCAGGAGCCACAUCACCACCCAGACAGGUGAAUGGCUACGUAACGCCUACUGCGGAAAAUCCAGAGUACCUGGGAUUGGCCGAAACUUGGAGCGGUCAGAGAGAGUGCACCUGAGGAGAGGCAGUAAGGGGGGAAGCAGUUGGGGGCUGAGUGAGUCAUUGAAUGAUUGAAUCAGUGAGUCACUUAAGGAGUCUUUGAAUGAAAGAAUCAGUAAAUUAGAUUGUCAUAGAGUGGUCUAGCCAGUGAAUGAACUGAUUCAGUGAGUCAAGCACUAUAUACAAUGUUUUAGGGCUGUCAGGUUGCUUUAAAAAAUUGUCUUGGUUUUAAGUAAUUUAAAUCUUUAGUAUUUAAAUAUUAAGGAAAGAACAAUAUUAUUAUGCUAUAGAACAAGUAGCUAUGCUGCGAUAUCACAUCACAUAAACCACAAGUGAAAUUUGUGCCACAUUUUUUAAUCAGACAUCUCGAAGAUCUUGCAACAUUUAGAGAUUCAUAAGCUAAAGAUUGCUGUUUUGGACACUGUUACUGCACUAUAUGCCAAGUUCUAUGCAGUUUGACAUUGAGACACAGCAAAGCUGUGGCCUGAGUUUGAUUCUUAGGCAGGGAGCUAAACCAGCCACUGAAGAGCUAACCUGCACCGGACCCCAAAAGGGGAGCAGCCGAAAGAACAACAUUCAGAGCAGUGCUCUUACAACAGUCAAUAGAAUGUAUAAAACGUGCUGACCGGUUGACUGCUGUCAGAAUGUUGUAAGCUUGCAAAUUUUUUCCGUUUGAAAAAUGAAAUAAUCGUUAAAUUAGAAUAUUUUGUGCUAAAAUUGUCUGAAAUGUGUACUGACAGCCCUACUACAUCUGAAGCAGUGAAUGUCAUGGAACAAUGGAUAGAUAGAUGAAUGUGUGGACACUUUCUAGUGAAGACCAACCUAGAGGAAACUCAGAAUCCAAUGUAGCAUCCGGUGUGUGUACAGCCUGGGCAAUUUUGGUCGUUUAAACAUCAUGAAAGAUUCGAUUCAAACGGUGAAUCCGCUGAAGAUAGAAAAAUGAAUCCAUGCACGAUUUUUAUGGGUAAACCGAACAUGGUACAAUCCAACAGGGAUGGCUGUAAUUAUUGGUAUUACCAUAAAUGGUACGAGCCAACGGGAGUUCCUUUUUAAAAAAAAAAAAAAAACACAACGCAAAUGAAGCAUGUAAGAAUGUAUGAACCAAAUGACACUGGAUCUGGAAAUCACUACAUAGACUCAUCUGGAUAUUCAUGUUGGUUUUUUCUUGCUCUAUUUCCCUCUCUGUUCCCAUCCCACUACUUUUCUUUGGUCUUCCAAACCAGGCAGCUCAAAUCGUGUCAUUAGACUGUUUCCAGGCUACGUCUGGAUCGACCAGGUUUUCUACCUAACGUUAAUGUGAGACUCUUUGAGAGCUACAGAAGUGGACAUCAGGUGUAGAUCACUCUCUUGCACACACACAUCGACUUUCUCCUUGGUGGAAUCAAGAUUUCAUGAUUUGCAUCAAUGUUUAUUUAAAAGUUCAGCAGUUGCUCAACUUUCAAAAAAAAGGACUCGUGAGAAGCAAGAAGGAGCAACAAAUGAGUUAGACACCAGUUGGGUUAUUCAAGUGUGUUCUUGCGAUCAUGAUCUUGUCGCUGCAAGUGACCACUCGUCGGGUCAUGAUGUAUGCGAUACACGCUUGAGGGAAAGGAUGUGAAGGUGUGUGUGUUAUUAUUUAUAUAUAUAUAUAUAUAUAUAUAUAUAUAUAUAUAUAUAUAUAUAUAUAUAUAUAUAUAUAUAUAUAUAUAUAUAUAAAUAACACAAGACCAAGUGGUGCUUAUCAUGUGUUUUUUUUUACCAGGCAGAAGAUCAGUAUGUGGUAUGCAAUGAAAUAUUCUGUUUUAAAUGGAACUGACAUACUGAAUUUUCAGCACAAAACUGUAUUCCAUAGAAGAAUUUUUAAGGUCUUUUGAUUAUUAUUUACAUAGAAUUUCUGACCACUAUCACAAUCCAGUCUUCAGCACUAUCAUCAACAUUCAUACUUUCAGCAAAUUUCAAUGAAUUGGUUAAAGAAACCCCAACAAAAACAGAUUUUGAUGAGUUUAUAUUGAAAAGCUAACUUAAUAUGUGGUAUUGUUUUAAACCACUUGCUUAAUGUCUCAUUAAUCAUGCCUUUAUUUUCUUACAUGACCAGCAAAUGGCAUUCAACUAUUUGUUGUAAAUAGACAUCUCAUCAUAUCCAAUCUCAAUUUUGCCAAUUUUUUGCUUUUCUACUUCCAGUAGAAAUUAAUUUACAACAUUUUUUUUUAUAAUUAAAUUCCUAAAAAAUUACACCUGGGAAAAAUCUUUCAAACAUCUAUUAUUAAAAAAUCCCUCCAGGAUUUUGUGAUUUUUGUUCUGUGAUUGUUAAGGACAAAAAAUAUUCGAUUUUGCUGUUUUUUUGUGCUUUUUUGCAUAGGGAGACAUGUAAUGGCAUUCUAUGAGAGCUAUACUGAUCUUUGAUGCACAUGAAUCGAACAGGGAUUUGUGUGUUGUGAUGAUUCUUGAUGCUGAAACUCAGCAUUAAUUUAAAAAAACAAAACAAAGCUCCAAGAAAUGGUUUUCUUGAGUUUGCAUUUAUUUCUGCAGUUGUGGGGGGGAAAAGCAUGAAAUCCUAGAGGUUAUGAUUUCUCACACACUAUAUAAUUUAUAUAAAAUUUAAAUAUUGAGAACAGAAUAUUGGCCCUUACCUUUUGAAUGAUUAUGUAUAUUAUGUUUAUUUCUACAUUCAAGCAUGUGUGCAGUCUUUCACAUCCUGAAUCCUCAUGCUUAUAAUGUUAUAGUAUCACUUUGUAUCUGGAUUAUGACCGGACCAUAGUUGAAAACAUUUCUGUGGUAAAUUUUAGAUAAUACACUCAUUUAAAUCAAAUGUUCAGCGAUUAGUUUAUUUAAUAGCUACAAAAACAAACAUUAAAAAGAGUUAGAGAUCCUUACUGUUUCUCACAGAGUUAGAAACUUAAAUGAUUUUUUUUUAUUUAAAAAGAAAUGCCCAUUAUGUUAUAAUACACUUUCUUAAAAUAUUUUGUACAGAAUUUUCUCCUUUGGUGGGCAGCAGAGGAAUUUUUUUAAGCACUGAAAAAGCAUGACUCUGUAGUUACAGCGUGAAGAGCUGUAGCUGUAGAGUUUAGGAAAAAGAGCCAGUAGUGCAUGUUAAGUUCCUGACAAAACAAAGAACGGCUUGUGAUCCAAACUUGGAGGGUGGGUUCGGGCAGGCGUCUACAAACCCAGUGGGGUGAAACACACUCUUUUAGCUUACAUUUCUCUUCCAUGUAUUUUAACAAUCUCCAAAGUACGUCCAGGGACUAUUCAGCUAUCCGAACAACUUGGUCUUGUUAAAAAUAUGUAACACAUACAGAAGAAUCUCUUGAAGAGAAGAUGAGCCAUGUCUUUUGUAGUUUUAUAAUUAAGCUAUAUGGCAUGUGGAGUUUGGGUCGAGAAGGAAACAGUGCAAAACUAACGUGAAACACUAAAGUGAAAAAAAAAAUCGAUAUAGUGCACAUUGAAGGAGCUGUAAAGUGAAUUAAUGUAUCAUUGUGAUUUUAACAAAAGUAUCUUUUUAUACAUUUUGUAUAUGUUAUGAAGCUUUUUUAAAAUCUAUUUUUAUGCUAUUUGGUGUAUUUUACUGUACUUUGGAUUUGUUGCACUCUGACAUCUGAAAACUGCCAGCUGCGCCUGUGUGUGUAAAUUUUCUAAGCAGCGUUUGUACCAUCUGUAUUGGGUUGUGUAUUUAAUGUAUUACAGAUUAUACAUUCAGGCUGUGGUGUGUUUUAUUUUAUGGUUAUUAAAAAAAAAAAAACAUC